AUGGCUGCCCAAACUUUGCAACGUGAAGUUUUACCAACAAACGUUACCCCAUUACAUUAUGAUCUUCAAAUUGGACCUAACUUCAAAACUUUUACUUUCGAAGGGGUUGAAAAGAUAACUUUGCAAAUCAAUGAUUCUUCAAUUGAUUCGGUGGAAUUAAAUGCCCUAGAUAUGGAAUUCCAAUCCAUUGAUAUCAAUAAUUCUAUUAAACCUGAGGCAUUUAAUUUGGAUAAAGAUACUCAAAUUUUAAAGAUUACAUUCCCUCAAGGUACAAUGGCUAAAUUAUCUAAAGAAUUUAUUUUAAAUAUUAAUUUCAUAGGUCAAUUAAAUGAUAAUAUGGCUGGUUUCUAUAGAGCCAAAUAUCAAGAUAAAUUGACUGGAGAAACUAAAUAUAUGGCAACCACACAAAUGGAACCUACUGAUGCUAGAAGAGCUUUCCCUUGUUUUGAUGAGCCUAAUUUGAAAGCUACUUUCGAUAUUACUUUAGUUUCUGAACCUUCUUUAACUCAUUUAUCAAAUAUGGAUGUUAAAUCAGAAAAAAUAGAAUCUGGUAAGAAAUUCACUUCAUUUAAUACCACCCCAAAAUUAUCUACUUAUCUAGUGGCAUUCAUUGUUGCUGAGUUGAAAUAUGUAGAAAAUAAAGAUUUUAGAAUCCCAGUUAGAGUAUAUGCCACCCCAGGUGAUGAACAUUUGGGUCAAUUUGCUGCCGAUUUAACUGCAAAGACAUUAGCUUUCUUUGAAAAAACUUUUGGCAUUCAAUACCCUCUACCUAAAAUGGAUAAUGUAGCAGUCCAUGAAUUUUCUGCUGGUGCUAUGGAAAAUUGGGGGUUAGUCACUUAUAGAGUGGUUGAUCUUUUAUUAGAUAAAGAUAAUUCUACUUUGGAUCGUAUUCAAAGAGUAGCAGAAGUUGUACAACAUGAAUUGGCUCACCAAUGGUUUGGUAAUUUAGUCACCAUGGAUUGGUGGGAAGGUUUAUGGUUAAAUGAAGGGUUUGCUACUUGGAUGUCUUGGUACUCUUGUAAUGAAUUCGAACCAGAAUGGAAAGUUUGGGAACAAUAUGUUACUGAUACUUUACAACAUGCUUUAGGUUUGGAUUCUUUAAGAUCUUCACAUCCAAUUGAAGUACCUGUUAAGAGAGCAGAUGAAAUUAAUCAAAUCUUUGACGCUAUUUCUUAUUCUAAAGGUGCUUCUCUAUUAAGAAUGAUUUCUAAAUGGUUAGGUGAAGAUGUAUUCAUUAAAGGUGUUUCUCAAUAUUUACAAAAAUUCAAAUAUGGUAAUGCAAAGACCACUGACUUAUGGGAUGCCUUAUCAGCUGCUUCAGGUAAAGAUGUCAGUAAAGUCAUGAAUAUAUGGACAAAGAAAGUCGGUUUCCCGGUCAUUUCUGUAGAAGAAGAUUCAAAAAGUAAUCAAAUUAAAUUUACUCAAAACCGUUAUUUAAGUACCGGUGAUGUAAAGGAAAAUGAAGAUGAAACCUUAUACCCAGUAUUUUUAGCCUUGAAAACAGAAGGUAAUACUGAUCAAUCAUUAGUCUUAGAUGAAAGAUCUAAAACAGUUACUGUUAAGGAUUUGGAUUUCUUUAAGGCUAAUGGUGAUCAAUCUGGUAUCUAUAUCACUUCUUAUUCCGAUGAAAGAUGGGCUAAAUUAUCUAAACAAGCUGAUUUAUUAUCCGUGGAAGAUCGUACAGGUUUAGUGGCAGAUGUUAAGGCUUUGUCUUCAUCAGGUUACACUUCCACUGAAAACUUUUUAAGUUUAAUCUCCCAAUGGAAUGAUGAAAAAUCAUUUGUUGUUUGGGAACAAAUAAUUAACUCUUUAUCUGCUUUAAAAACUACUUGGGCCUUCGAAUCUGAUGAAGUUAAGGAUGCUUUGAAUGCCUUUACAAGAAAAUUAGUCUCUAAGAAAGUUAAGGAACUAGGCUGGGAUUUUGAAGCUAAGAGUGAAAGUGAAUCAUUUUCUACUCAACGUUUGAAAGUUAGUAUGUUUGCCACUGCGUGUGCAGCUAGGGAACCGGCUGUUGAAAAAGCUGCCUUAGAUAUGUUUGCCAAAUAUACUGCAGGUGAUAAGAAGGCUAUUCCAGCUCUAAUUAAACCUGCAGUAUUUAGUGCUGCUGCCAGAGAAGGUUCAGUUGAAAAUUAUGAAAAAUUAUUGAAGAUCUUUAAAAAUCCAGUUUCUACAGAUGAAAAAUUAUCCGCUUUAAGAUGUUUGGGUAGAUUUAAGGACGCAAAAUUAUUAGAAAGAACUUUGGGCUUAUUAUCUGAUGGUACAGUUCUAAACCAAGAUAUUUAUAUUCCAAUGCAAGGUAUGAGAACUCAUAAAGAAGGUAUUGAAGCUCUAUGGGCUUGGAUUAAGGUUAACUGGGAUGACAUCGUUAAGAGAUUGCCACCUGGUUUAUCCAUGUUAGGAUCUGUUAUUAUUAUUGGUACUUCUGGUUAUACCACUUUUGAAGCCAAGAACGAUAUCGAAAAAUUCUUUAAAGAUAAGUCAACUAAGGGCUUUGACCAAAGUUUGGCUCAAUCUUUGGAUACUAUCACUUCUAAAGCACAAUGGGUCAGCAGAGACCGUGAUGUUGUUUUGAAAUACUUGAAAGAUAAUGGUUAUUACAAUUAA